AUGAUUCCAACCCCCUCACUGUCACAUCUGACCAAGCACGACUUUCGCAGCGUCUACGAGCCAGCUGAAGACAGUUUCAUCUUGCUCGACGCACUUGAAGCUGACGCCGAGACUCUCACUUCCAGCUUGGCAAACAAAGCACCCAUAUGUGUAGAGAUUGGCUCAGGGAGCGGAAUUGUCACCACUUUUAUUUCGCAGAUCCUCGGCCCGACUUGUGCGUCCUAUCUUGCAAUCGACCUCAAUGCGCACGCUAAUACAUGUACUCGUGCAACAGGUAUAGCGAAUGGAGUUCAAAUCGAGCCUGUCAGGACAUCAUUGCUAUCAGGACUCCGGUCGAGACUGAAUGGCCAAGUGGAUGUGCUGCUCUUCAACCCACCCUACGUACCGACUGAGGAAGAAGAGGAAAUGAUGGCGCAAGGCAAAGGUGGUAUCGAAGGAUCAUGGGCUGGUGGAGAGACAGGGACCAAGUUGGUGGAUGAGUUGAUAGAUGGAGGCAUCAUCUUCAACAUCCUUGCACAGAAAGGAAGAUUCUAUCUGGUAGCUAUCAAGCAAAACAAUCCCGUAUCGCUCGUCAAGAGGUUGUUAGCGCAAGGCCUAGAUGCAGAUGUAAGUCACCAACCCUCGCAAAAGCAUGUAUUCUACCUGCGAACAUGA